GUGUGCGGGGCCGGCGCGGGGCCGGUGCGGGCGGGGCCGCGCCUCGCUCGUCCCUCGCUAAGAUGGCGGCGGCGGCGGCGGCGGCGGCCGUGGCGCGGCUCGAGGGCCGGGAGUUCGAGUACCUCAUGAAGAAGCGCUCGGUGACCAUCGGCCGCAACUCGUCGCAGGGCUCGGUGGAUGUGAGCAUGGGCCACUCCAGCUUCAUCUCCCGCCGCCACCUCGAGAUCUUCACCGCCGCGCCCCCGCCGCCGCCGGCCGGCGCGGACGGGCCGCCGCCCCCGCCGCAGGGGGACCCCGCGGGCGGAGCGGGGGGCGACUUCUACCUGCGCUGCCUCGGCAAGAACGGCGUGUUCGUGGACGGCGUGUUCCAGCGGCGCGGGGCGCCGCCGCUGCAGCUGCCGCGAGUCUGUACUUUCAGGUUUCCCAGCACAAACAUCAAGAUAACAUUCACAGCUCUGUCCAAUGACAAGAGAGAAAAACAGGAGGCCCCGGAGUCCCCAGUGAAGCCUGUGCAACCCCAGAUCUCUCCCUUAACAAUAAACAUUCCAGACAACAUGGCUCACCUGAUCAGCCCUCUCCCUUCUCCCACAGGAACUAUCAGUGCUGCAAAUUCCUGCCCAUCGAGCCCCCGCGGCGCAGGCUCUUCAGGGUACAAAAUGAGUCGUGGAAUAGCAUCUGACCUACAUUUGAUGGCUGACAAUUCACAGUCAGAGAACGACAAGGAAGCUUCAGGGGGAGACAGCCCAAAGGAUGACUCUAAGCCACCCUACUCCUAUGCACAGUUAAUAGUUCAAGCAAUUACAAUGGCCCCGGAUAAGCAGCUUACACUAAAUGGAAUUUAUACGCACAUAACUAAAAAUUAUCCCUACUACAGGACAGCAGACAAGGGCUGGCAGAAUUCAAUACGUCACAAUCUCUCUCUGAAUCGUUAUUUCAUCAAAGUACCACGUUCCCAGGAAGAACCAGGCAAAGGCUCAUUCUGGAGGAUAGACCCUGCCUCUGAAAGCAAAUUAAUAGAGCAGGCUUUUAGGAAAAGGCGGCCUAGGGGAGUACCUUGCUUUAGAACCCCUCUGGGACCACUCUCUUCUAGAAGUGCCCCAGCUUCUCCUAACCACUCUGGAGUGUUGUCUGCGCACUCCAGUGGCGUCCAGACCCCCGAGAGCCUGUCCAGGGAAGGAUCUCCCGUCCCCAUGGAGCCUGAGCCCAGCGCCAUCCAGCCAAAACUCGCCGUCAUCCAAGAAGCGCGAUUUGCACAGAGUGCCCCAGGAUCACCUCUCUCUAGCCAGCCAGUUUUAAUUACUGUACAACGGCAGCUACCACAAGCUAUCAAACCCGUCACCUACACUGUUGCAACUCCCGUGACCACCUCAACCUCCCAGCAGCCUGUAGUUCAGACAGUUCACGUUGUGCACCAGAUCCCAGCUGUGUCAGUCACCAACGUGACUGGAUUAGCACCAGCAAACACUUACACUGUCGCGGGACAGGCGGUCGUCACACAAGCUGCUAUGGUCACCCAGCCCAAGGUAGAACCUCAAGAGAAUGGAGACCACAAGGAAGUCAAAGUGAAAGUGGAGCCUCUCCCUGCUAUUAGCCAUGCUGCAAUAGGAGCUGCUGGUCGCAUCAUCCAGACAUCGCAGCCCACGCCCUUACAGACAGUUACCAUAGUGCAACAGGCGCCGCUGGGGCAGCACCAGCUGCCCAUCAAAGCUGUCACACAGAACGGAACACACAUCGUGCCCCUGAGCGCCGCUGUGGCGGGGCAGGGCACUGCAGCUGCUGCAAGUCCUUUGCAUAUGUUAGCAACCCACGCGUCCGCAUCGGCAUCGCUCCCCACCAAGCGCCAGAACGGAGACCAGUCAGAACAGCAGGAACUCAAACGUAUCAAAACAGAGGAUGGAGAGAGCAUAGUCAUAGCUGUGAACGUGGACACCCCACCCGUGGCAGUGAGUGACAAAGGCAGCCAGAACUAGAAACUUAGGGGAGUUUUCUUUUUUUUUUUUUAAAAAAAAAAAAAAACAAACA